AUGUUCAAACUCUCGCUUCUCGCUCUCAUAUUUUUGGCGGCAGCGGGUAACACAACCGUCGUCUUGGCGAUAACUAUUUUGUGGAAUUUGCAGUGUCGAGUGUCGCUUCUUCUGACGAGUGUAGCCGCGAUUCGAGCAGUUCCAGUGAGGAAGCGCACCGUCGUCGUUCAAACGACGACAACGACAACGACGACGACGGAGGCGCGGGAGACGAUGUGCCGCCUGUGCCGGGUUCGGAUCCACGACCAAAUGCACCGGAGGCGCCGGGGCGAGGCUCGCGAACCACAUGUCCAGCCGGUUGGACUCGAGUUCAGCGCAAAGUCGGCGGAUGGUGCGUCAAGGUUUUCCAGGGCGUCGUGAAUCAAGCACAGGCGGAGUCGGGGUGCGCAUCGAACGGAGCCGUCCUUUCCGGCGUGGAGACGAACCGCGAAAGACAAACGAUCGCGGAGCUCGGCAAGAAUUUGAUGGAGUCGACCGGAUGGAAGUACGGAACGCUGAGAACGGGACUGCGGAGAAGCACUAAGCAGAGUGUGAGUUAUCUCGUCGCCCGAUCUGAUCGAAACGGGAACGUUCAGGCAUGGACCAUCACCGACGGACACACGAGCGGAAUGGAAGGCAUUGUCUGGAGCCCCGGAGAGCCGGGAAGCGGAAGUUAUGAGUGAGUCGGUGACGCGCCUAAAACCUCUCAAAAAACUACUUCGCAGCGGCUUCCCGAACAACUGCGGUAUGAUGUGGAUUUGGGUGACGGGCGGAAAACAGGUCAAGCAGCGCGAGCACGGAAAGUUCUUCUCGAUGAUUUGCCCGAAAACGUGGAACGAUCGGUUCAGAGGAUAUGUUUGCGGAAAAUUGGCCACCUGA